CUCCUCCUCACUCCUGCUCCUCCAUCCCCUUCUCUCCCUCCACCGCACAAACUGCGCCAACAUCAAGUGCGCCACCCAGAAGAUGGGGCCAGCACGUGCCCUACGAGCCUCUCAAGGUCACCAAGUUCCCCAAAGGCGGGAAAAAGCCCCACGUCCAGCAAGCACACAACUCGAACCAGUCCAUUCUCCUAAAACCACCAAAGCCCAACCCUCUCGCACCCAGUGGGACGCACGCCGAAUGAGGAGCUGCUCUCGCACAAAUGCCGAGAACUGAGACAAUACAUGGCGGCAUGCCGAUAUGGAUUAUGGACCAUGGACUAUCAAGGAUGUGCAUCUUCGAGAAACUCAAGCUUUCCUCGUACAAAUCCCUCCAGAGGUCGCAAUAUAACCCAGCUCCCCUCCACAGUCGCCUUGACUUCGGUUUCAACAAGAGGUGGUCUGAGCCUUCCAUACAAUUUCCCUGAGCUAUUAAUCCAUCAUGGGUGUAAUGCUUCACCUCCAACAUGCGGCCCCUAGUGCCAGCCAAAUAGCCAUUGGUCUGGCUCUUUUCGGCCUGUUGGCCCUCGUCGCCGACUAUGCCCGGAUGCUCCUUCUGCGGAGGAAGAUGCCUCCUGGUCCGUUUCCACUGCCAAUUGUAGGCAACACAUUCCAACUACCAGAUAACAAGCCGUGGAUUUACUUCGAGGCUCUCGCCAAGCAGUACAAAACUCCUGUCAUCACAUACUGGAUCGGCCGGAACCCUACAGUGUGGAUCUGCGAUGCAUGGUCGGCCUCCGAGAUGCUGGACAAGCGAGCGGGCAUCUAUUCAUCUCGACCUCGAAUGGUCGUCUUCGGGGAGCUGUCCAUGGGCCAGUCGAAUAUCGUCUCUAUGUUCUACGGUGAGCGGUGGCGCUUACACCGGAAAUUGACCCAUAUGGGUGUUGGCCUGCAGCACGUUCGCAGCUAUAGCGGCUUUCAGAACAACGAGAGCAAAGUUGUGGCGCUGGAUUUGGUCCGAGACCCCGCCGACUAUGUGAUGCAUUUCGAGCGGUAUGCCGCCUCCGUUGUGAGCAUUAUCGGGUUCAAUCGCCGCAUCAAGAGUAAGGAGGAUCCCAUCAUCACCGAAGUUAUUGCUGUCAUGCAAAGAGCCGCCGAAUUAAACGUGCCUGGAAAGACUUUUCCUAUGUUGAUGGAGACAUUCCCAUGGCUUUCUCGCUUCCCCAACUGGAUGGCACCCUGGAAGUGCGGGCUCGGGGCUGGAAAGGGACGUGGUCGCUCAUUCUACUAUGCCCUUGCUGAAGAAGCCGUGCGCAAGAGCAAUGGCGAUACAUGUUACGCCAAGAAGAUCUUCGAUGAGGCGCCCAAGUAUAAUCUGUCCACUAUGGAAAUUGCUUCGCUCAACGGGAAUCUCUUCGGCGCCGGUAGCGACACCUCAAGUUCCACUCUCAUCACGUUCGUCCUUGCCUGUUGCGCCUUUCCCGAAGUUCUGCCUAAGGCGUGGGAGGAGCUUGAUCGUGUGGUUGGCUCGUACCGAAGUCCGAACUUGGACGACGACCUGCCUUAUAUCCGUGCGUUUGUGAAGGAAGUUUUCAGAUGGCGAUCGGUCGCAAUCAUUGGAGGUCAACCACAUGCUCCGAUCCAAGAUGACUAUUACAAGGAUUGGUACAUCCCUAAGAACACCUGGGUGCAGGGUAAUGUGUGGGCGAUCCACCGCAACGAGAACGAGUUCCCAGAGCCCGACCGCUUCUGCCCCGAACGCUUCUUCGAGGAUCACCCGCUUCACCGGCCCUUCCCGAACGAGAAGGGCUACAUGACUUUCGGCUGGGGUCGGCGUGUCUGCAGCGGCCAGGGCCUGGCUGAACAGGGCACAUUCCUGACGGUGGCCAGACUGCUCUGGGGCUUCAACAUCCAGAAAGCCCUAGACAAGAACGGGAACGAAAUUCCCGUGGACAUCUUUGCAUAUACAAACGGCCUGAACAUGCGCCCCGAGCCGUUCGAAUGCCGCAUCACGCCACGCACGCCCGAGAUCAAGGAGACGAUUGAGCGCGAAGGGAAGCAGGCGCUCGAGGAGUUGGCGCAGUACGAUGGCGAGAGCCAGUAUCGCAUGAGCACGUUUUACCUUGAAGAUAAAUUGUAGAUUCUUCUCUGGGGGAUUUAGACACGAUAGGGGAGGGAGGGACGAAGGGCCCUGAAACCCCUGCUCAAUCGCCCAACUUGAGCUCUAAGCCUUUGAAGCUGGAACGGAAAGGUAGAGAGGAAGAAGUACAUAAAUAGAUGGAUGAAAUGGCUCCAAACUCGAAUGAUUGAAUGAUUGCCUGGUUUGAAAGGACUAUCUAUACGAUCCCAUGUAUAUGGUGGAAUAUCACGCGUGAGCCAUAGAGGAUUCGGCAUUGUCAAUCAACAUUCUCAACAUCAAC